AUGUUUCUCAACACAGGGUGCUCUCACGAAGGGCAGGUCAUCAUGUCUGGCAGUGAUUUCACAAGCCCCAGUGAUAAUUGCUCCAUGUGUCACUGUGACAGGGGUAAUGUCACAUGCAGCAAGCAGAUCUGUCCUGAUCUGGGAGACUGUCAGAAUGUCAUCAUGCCCAAGGGCCAGUGCUGCCUUGAAUGUCUGGACUGUGGUGGUUACGUCCAGGGAGACAGGUGG